UUUUUUCUUCUUUUAAUUACUCAAAUGAUACCAUUAAUUUUAUCAACAGUCUGCUGCCUGUUAUUAACACCAAUCAUAUUAACAGUAGUGCUCUUUUUGGCAAUAUUAGCAGUGAUCACCAGCACACUGACAUCCUCAUUUAUUUUUCUCCGACUUACACUAUUAACCAUUGAGAUGGUAUCCGGACUCACACUUGAAUCCACCAACUGGUUACUAUCCACCUUUAUGUCUCGCAUCCGCAUUUUUCUUUGCCAUCGUAACAAACAACCACAAACCAAUGACGUCUUAUUGAAGCGAAGAAAAUUAGCUCCUUCUUCACUAUCUCUCUCAAAAUUACCAUAUAAAGCUCAAGUCAAAUCAAAGUACUCUGUUUCUGUUCCCGGCACUCCUGACCCAGAAUCUUAUCAUCAUCAAAUGGGAAUAUAACCUUUUUUUAUUUUCUUUCCCAUGGCUUUGGACGGGCUGUCAUCUUUGCCUCGCUUGGCGUACCUUCAUUCAAAACAUUGGGAAUUUGUUUAAUACCUGCUUAAUAAAGUCAAUAUCAUAUAUUUUUUGCACAUCUAUUUUCUUUACCUGGGAUCUCAAUCCCCUUUUCGAUCAUAUCCACAAGCUCUUGAAACGUAAAUCUGGGGGGUUUGUCCGUUUCUUUAUGUACAUGAACAAUCAAUACCUUAAUCUCCCUAGCAAAUAUAAAUAUAUUACCUUCUUUAGUAGCUUGCUCAACGACUGGUUCCUGUUUCUCUGAUUUCCAGCUUGUGUAUGCUUCUACGUCAAAACCUUGAACACACCUAUUUUCAAACAUGUUCACUAUUCUGCAAUACGUCUUUUUUUUUUUUGUUAUUUACUUUGUAUAAUAAAACAAUUUU